AUGGAGGAGGAGGCUGUGAGGAAGAGGAAGAUGCCUUGGGCCCCCCAGGCAGGCCCCGAGCUGAGGCCGGAGAGCCCGGAGGACAAAUCCCCCCGUGAGACCCUGGUGGGAGAGGCCGUUUUGAAGGGCUCCUCGGCGAGGGAAGGCAGCGGGGAGGAAAAGGGCCGGAGAUCCCCCCGCAAGAGGGGCUCCAAAGCCAGCCCAGGGUGCUCUGAGGAGGAAAGAGCCAGCCUGUGCCGGGAAGGCGACCAGAGCUUGAGCUGCAGCUCUGACCUGGUGGUCCCUGAGCAGCCUCCCAACACGGAAAAACCCUUCAGGUGCUUGGAAUGUGGGAAGAGCUUCAGGAUGAGCACCAACCUGAUCCGACACCAGCACAUCCACACUGGGGAACAGCCCUACAUGUGUAGGGAAUGUGGGAAGAGCUUCAGGGACAGCUCCACGCUCCGCAGACACCAGAUGAUCCACACUGGAGAACGACCCUACACGUGUGGGGAAUGUAGGAAGAGUUUCAGUGACAGCUCUACCCUCCGCACCCACCGUCACAUCCACACUGGGGAACGGCCCUACACGUGUGGGGAAUGUGGGAAGAGCUUCAGUGACAGCUCUACCCUUUGCAAACACCAUCGCAUCCACACUGGGGAACAGCCCUACACGUGUGGGGAAUGUGGGAAGAGCUUCAGGCAGAGCUCCAACCUCCGCACCCACCAUCGCAUCCACACCGGGGAACGGCCCUACACGUGUGGGGAAUGUGGGAAGAGCUUCAGCCAGAGCUGCAGCCUCCGCACCCACCAGUACAUCCACACCAAGGAAUGGCCUUACAAGUGCUUGGAAUGUGGGAAGAAGUUUAGGACCAGCUCAUAUCUCCUCAGACAUGAGCAGACACACAUGGAUGAGAGGCCUUUCUGCUGCACCAACUGUGGGAAGAGCUUCAAUGAGAACUCCAGUCUUGUCACCCACCGGCGCAUCCACACUGGGGAACGACCCUACACGUGUGGGCAGUGUGGGAAGAGCUUCAGCCAGAGCUCCAACCUCCACACCCACCAGCUCAUCCACACCGGGGAACGGCCCUACAAGUGCUUGGAAUGUGGGAAGAGGUUUCAGACCAGUGGGAAUCUCCUCCUGCACCAGCGGACGCACACGGAUGAGAGGCCCUUCCGCUGCACCGACUGUGGGAAGGGCUUCAAACUGAACUCCCACCUCGUCACCCACCGGCGCAUCCACACCGGGGAGAGGCCCUACAAGUGUGGGGAGUGCGGGAAGAGCUUCCCCCACAGCUCCGCCUUGACCAGACACCAACAGACCCACCGGUAAGGGAAGCUCUUCCAGUGCCCCGACUGAGGGAAGAGCUUCGGCCGCUGCUUCCACCCCUAAUGAAGCCCCUGAUGGUGAUGCAACCCCUGGAGUCCAGUGACUGUCACUCCAUCCCUUUCGACCAGAAAGGGCCAGGCCCCUUUCACCAACAGAACCCUUCUUGGUGGGAUGUGUGGAGAUUCCUGCCUAGCUGAUGACCCUCCCAAGGUCACUCCUGGAGGUUGAGAGCAGAGAUCUCCCCAAGAGCCUUGCAUCCUUCUCUAAUUAAAAAUUAUUGGGUUUUGCCAGGUCUAGUAGAAUUGCUUCAACAAUUGCUUGAGUACCAUCCUGUCUUAUCCUGUACUCCUGGUAGUUUUAGUAUUUCUAUUGUGCAGUAAAUAGUUCUGAUGAAGAUCUUUUGUCAGAUCAUUUGUAAUCCUAAAUAAAUUCCUUUCUAUUAAUAGAUCUGAUUUGCCAUCAUUAAAACCUGGGGGACAAAAGUGGUUCAGUCACACCUGUCUAAUUUCUCUAAACUGAAACUGUUGGCAUAAUCCAAGGCUGAGAUUGGAUCCAGCAGCCCCCAGCACCCCACAGG